UCUCUCUCUGAGAUAAUCAAUGUUUCAAUUUUGAAAAGCCUACCAUCGCACGGAACUGUAAAAACCUCUCUUUUCAGUUCUCACAAAAUCCCCGCCACCGCCACCACUAUGGCCUUGGAUCCCACCGCCAGCGCCACCACCACCGCCACUCCAACAAUCACUACUACAAGUACAAUCACCCCACGUCCCUUCGCAAACCUAAACACAUACCCAAACCCAACCCCACCAUCCACAAGACCCAUAUCUCCACUCCCCCACCCCCAUUCCCACCACCCAUACCCAACAGCAGCAGCCCAAUCCAUCCGAACAACCCUAACCCAUCCUCAACAACAGGGAAUUCUCUACCCUGUCGCCUCCUCCGGACGCGGUUUCAUCCCCAAAACACCCAUGCAGACCGUCACAGUCGCCGCCAACCCUGCUGCCCCCUACGCUCCUCGCCCGCUCGUUUCCUACCCCCACUCCCAUCCUCUCCACCUCAUGAGGCCUCCUAACCCCCACCACCACUUACACCCUCAGCUUGGCGGGCCGGGUUUGGCUUCUGGUUCGGUUCCGAUUAAGGGCAUUCCAGUUUCUUCUCCGCAACCUAAGGUUCCUCCAUCGCUUUCUGACUGUAAUGGCUAUAAAGACACGAGGGAUAGAAGCAGAGAUGACUCUUUGACCACUGUUAGAGAUCGAAAAGUGAGAAUAACUGAUGGGGCUUCUCUUUAUGCACUUUGUCGAUCAUGGUUGAGGAAUGGUUUUCUAGAAGAAAUUCAGCCACAAUAUGGAGAUGCUGUGAAGUCUCUUCCCAAACCUUUGCCUAUGCCCGCAGGAGCCACUCACCUGCCAAAGAGAGAGGAAGCUGAUGAAGAAGAGGCAGCAGAUAAGGAGGAUGAGGAAUCUGUUGAGCAUUUAUUGCCACAAGACCUUUUGAAAAGACAUGUAAAGCAUGCUAAAAGGAUUCGAGCGCGAUUAAGGGAAGAACGGUUACAACGAAUUGCAAGGUAUAAAAGUAGACUUGCUCUUCUCCUUCCUCCACUUGUAGAGCAGUUCAGAAAUGAUACAGCUGCUAGAAACUGAAUCACAUCGAGUAGAUUAGUACAUCUUGCCAACAUUGGGCAUCCUUCUGCAACAGACUUGGGGAGGUCUUGUCAGUCUUCAGGGAUGCUGAAGGAAGAGAGGUACUUAAAUUUGGAGCUCAUUGAUCAAGAUGAAAGCCAGUAGAUAGGAAAAUUGGUCGGGUUCUUUGCUGAUGAACAUGCAUAGAAUUGUUGGCUUUGCUAUAAUGAGGAUUUUUAAAAGAGGGCAAAGAUUGUUCUCGUCUCUGUAACUAAUUUAUUUCUUUUUCCUUUUUAUUUGUUCAGAGAAGACGUUCUCUGCUUCCCUCAGUAUCACGCACCUCUUGAAAGUUUUAUACUUCGUUGAAAGCAUUUCA